GGUGACAACAGAAUUCAUAAACGUGAAUUUUUAAAGAAGGUGACAAAAAGAGAAGGAAAAUGCCGAAACCAAUCAACGUAAGAGUGACCACCAUGGAUGCUGAGCUGGAGUUUGCCAUUCAGCCCAAUACAACUGGCAAGCAGCUUUUUGACCAGGUGGUGAAAACAGUUGGUUUGCGUGAGGUCUGGUUUUUUGGGCUGCAGUAUGUGGACAGCAAAGGUUAUUCUACAUGGCUUAAACUAAAUAAAAAGGUGACACAGCAAGAUGUUAAAAAAGAGAAUCCUUUACAGUUCAAAUUUAGAGCUAAAUUCUUUCCUGAAGAUGUUUCUGAGGAAUUAAUUCAAGAAAUAACCCAGAGACUUUUCUUCCUUCAAGUUAAGGAAGCUAUCUUAAAUGAUGAGAUAUAUUGUCCUCCAGAAACAGCAGUUCUUUUGGCUUCCUAUGCUGUUCAGGCCAAGUAUGGAGAUUAUAAUAAAGAGAUUCAUAAACCGGGCUACCUGGCUAAUGAUAGACUCCUACCCCAGCGUGUUUUGGAACAACACAAGCUGACAAAAGAACAGUGGGAAGAAAGAAUACAGAACUGGCAUGAAGAACACAGAGGAAUGCUGAGGGAAGAUUCUAUGAUGGAAUACCUCAAGAUUGCACAAGAUCUAGAAAUGUAUGGAGUCAACUAUUUUGAAAUAAAAAAUAAAAAGGGAACCGAAUUGUGGCUAGGCGUUGAUGCUCUGGGUCUGAAUAUUUAUGAGCAUGAUGACAAGUUAACACCUAAAAUUGGUUUUCCCUGGAGUGAAAUCAGAAAUAUUUCAUUUAAUGACAAAAAAUUUGUUAUAAAGCCAAUCGACAAAAAGGCACCUGAUUUUGUUUUUUAUGCACCUCGUCUGAGAAUCAAUAAGCGGAUUUUGGCUUUAUGUAUGGGAAACCAUGAACUGUACAUGCGGAGAAGGAAGCCUGAUACUAUUGAAGUGCAGCAGAUGAAGGCUCAGGCAAGGGAGGAGAAACAUCAGAAGCAGUUGGAAAGGGCACAAUUAGAGAAUGAGAAGAAGAAAAGGGAGAUAGCAGAAAAGGAGAAGGAGAGGAUAGAACGUGAGAAGGAGGAGCUAAUGGAGCGUCUACGGCAAAUAGAAGAACAGACGCUGAAAGCCCAGAAAGAACUAGAAGAACAGACUCGAAAAGCUCUAGAACUGGACCAGGAGCGAAAACGAGCGAAGGAAGAAGCAGAAAGGCUUGAAAAGGAGCGCCGAGCUGCUGAAGAGGCCAAGUCCGCUAUAGCAAAACAAGCUGCCGACCAGAUGAAGAAUCAGGAGCAACUGGCAGCAGAACUUGCUGAAUUCACUGCCAAGAUUGCACUUCUAGAAGAAGCCAAGAAGAAAAAGGAAGAGGAAGCUACUGAGUGGCAGCACAAGGCUUUUGCAGCCCAGGAAGACUUGGAAAAGACCAAAGAAGAGUUAAAAACUGUGAUGUCUGCACCCCCUCCACCUCCACCACCGCCAGUCAUUCCUCCAACAGAAAAUGAACACGAUGAGCAUGAUGAGAAUAAUGCAGAGGCUAGCGCAGAAUUAUCAAACGACGGGGUGCUGAACCACAGGAGUGAGGAGGAACGUAUAACGGAAACACAAAAAAAUGAGCGUGUUAAAAAACAACUCCAGGCGCUGAGUUCAGAAUUAGCCCAGGCCAGAGAUGAAACCAAGAAAACACAAAAUGAUGUUCUUCACGCUGAGAACGUGAAAGCAGGCCGUGAUAAGUACAAGACUCUUCGGCAGAUCCGACAGGGCAACACAAAGCAGCGCAUCGAUGAGUUUGAAGCAAUGUGGGGACCCAAACUGUAUGCACUGUUCCAGAUGCGUUCUUCUCAAAGCAGUAUAAAGCAGAUGUAA